AUGAAGCGUACUCUCCGAACUAAUCAAAACUUGUACUUCUCAGAUUUUAGCGCGAACAUUCACAGUUGCGUACUAUUAGUGUUAUUGAACACAACACAGGUCAUAGGUAAACUGGUGAAAUGUGACCAAACACCACCGCAAGCGACCGCGGAAGAGCCUAGUGAAAAUAAGGGCCUGUUCAAACUGUCCGUUGAAAGGAAAGACAAUGACAUGCAAGAUGUUUAUUUGCCAGAUCAAACGUAUGUAUUAAUACUCAAAACAACAAACAAAACACGUCCAUUCCGUUGGUUCAUGAUAACAGUGGAGGAUCCUGAUGUGGACAACAGCAUUAAUGAAUACGAGCAAGUGCCGGUAGAUGUCGGUAGUCUGAAAACACUCGCUGAUAAUCCACAGUCGAGAUACAGUGAGAAAUGUUUUAACUCUGUCGAAAGCGCUGAUAACUUUGAUAAGGAAAAUGUAGAGAUACAUUGGGUGUCACCUAAAAACAGUCCGAAACAAAUAGUAAGACUCCGCGCAACCGUCGCUGAGAACCAAGAGACGUGGUACACUGAUGAUGAUUUAACAAUUUUACUGAAGAAAGAUACGAGAAGACCGUUAGACAGCGCCCCACAUCCCCCCGUCGAGAACUGUGAACUAAACAGUGAAGCAAGAUACGAAAUCGUGUUCAAAGGUCACUGGUCAAGGUUAACCCAUCCUCGUUACUACCCAAGCAAGCCGGAUGAGAACGGUUACAGCCACAUGGUUGGCGCUUCACACGGCUAUGACUAUACUCUGUGGCAGUUAGGCACGCCUGCCAGUGCUGGACUUAAAUUACUGGCUGAAGACGCUAAUAUCACUAUCAUUGAACGAGAUAUUAUUAAUAAUAUGUCAGCAACUGGUGGUACAAGAACUCUUAUCAGAGGGAAGAGACGACAUCAUCCAGAAAUGUUUGAGCCAUCCUACGCGUUGUUCAGAGCGGAUAGCAUACAUCACAUGUUCUCAGUGGUUGUAGCCAUCAAGCCUUCGCCGGAUUGGUUCCUAGGCGCUUCAAGGUUCGAGCUCUGCACUCGCAAUGGAUGGCUAAAGGAAUAUAAAAUGCCACUCUAUCCAUGGGAUGCGGGUACCAUGGAUGGUGUAUCUUACGAGUCGCCAAAAUCGGUAACAAACCCGACAGACAACAUUGACAGAGUGGAAAUAGGGUCUUUUAACAGCGAGUCGCCCUUCUAUCAGAUGAACUUGAACGAUUUGAAGCCCUUCGCCUACCUACACCUCAAAAGGCUGUCCGUUGACCCGAUAAAAGGCCGAAAUUGUAACGACGAAAGGCAAGAGCCGCAAACUGAAGAUGUACAAAACGAACAAGAGUCGGAUGUGGUAGAAGAACCAAUGGUACUGGAAUCCAAGCUGCAUACAAAUGAAGACCAUUGUACGUUUAGUGAUUGGUACGAAUGGUCACCAUGCGUCCCUGAUGAAGGCAUCUGUGGCUUUGGCACCCAAAUACGAACUCGAUCAAGGAUGGAUGCUCACAGCAAAUAUUCUGAUAAUGUAAACGCGCCACGAGACAUUGCAAGUUGUCCAGAAAAUGUGUUGAUGGAGUCGCAAGCUUGUUACGUUGGUUGCUGA